AUGGGUAUUGGGAAGAUCGGAGACUGGUUGGAUGCCGAAAAAUUUGUCGAAUAUGUGGCCAACAGUUUCGUUGACUAUCUUCCGGAAAACAAUAUUAAGCGGCCAGUAUUAUUUUUGGUCGAUGGUCAUAAAUCCCAUCUGACCAUGGAACUGAGCGACUUCUGCAGGAGUAAUGGGAUAAUUUUGUAUGCACUUUAUCCAAAUACAACACACAUUACUCAGCCAGCUGAUGUGGGUGCAUUCAAGGGGCUUAAAAGUGACUACAAGAAAACGGUUCACAAAUGGCAGAGCAUUCCAGGAAAUGAAAAUAAGGCUGUGACGAAGACCAACUUCUGCGAACUUCUAAAAGCGGACCUGGAUAGCACAGACGGGACGGAAAGCAUUAAAAACGCUUUUAGAAAGUGUGGAAUUUUUCCAUUCAAUGCAGAUGCUACUGAUUAUGCUAAAUGUGUCCAGAAUACGCUUAAGAAACUCCACGUAACCCCACCGGAAAGAGUCACAGCUUCAAGCUUCUACGAAACAAAAAAAAAUCUGGCUUUGGCAAAAACUGAUUUUGAGGCACAGGGAAUCGACUUUGCAUCUGUAAUAAGAAUUAUAGACACAAUUCAGAAUGAACAGCAGCCAAAUCAACCGAUUGAAGAUGGAACAGCUGAAUUUCAAGAAUUGCUAGAUGAAGCCAACAUGGAAGUUGAAAUUCCUUCAGUCAAACCCCUUGAUGAGAGCAUAACCGGAACGUAUAUUAUAAACGAUACUGGGGAACUUAACAAAAUUUCUGCGACAGUUUAAAUACCAACUCUAUCACCAGUUAACGAGGAAAUUAAUUCUAUAACUGAUCUUCUAAAGGAAGCAGAUGAAGUCUUAUCUGCAAUUGACACACCAACAAUCAGUGGUAGGACUUGACAGAAAUUUUAUUUAUUUUAUUUUAUCUAAUUUUAUUUUCUUAACAGGACCAUCAUGAAUACGACGUUACUCGAAGUCUUUGACAGUGAUAGACGAACUGCUGCAGAACAUUAAUGUCCAGAAGGAAAAUGUACUCAUCCAGAGCUCACCAUCGACUUCCUCUGCAGUAAGUCCUGCUUUUAGAAAGCACAUUUUCUACCCAGAAAUUAUCAACAAAUCCUG